UCCUUUGUAAAAAUGAAUGCAGUUUUUGUUGCUCUGUAUAAAUGGCAGAAGCCAUUCAUAGCAUCAGCAUGUGCAUCUUUUAUGGUCUCUGAUCUGCACUUAUUGCUCUUGUCUCAGAACAUUUCCUACAAAAUCAUCUGAGUAGCCACAGUAUUCUUUGGAUCGUAUUUAAGAACCACAGCACUAUUUCAACUUUGAUCUGAAAAUCUGUAACUAAUUUUGUUUAUCUAAACAUACUUCACUUUAAACUGGCUGGAUAUCCCUUUAUGAUUAAUCCCAUUCUGGAAGCCAGAUAUUUAUUCUCUCAUAAAUAGUUGCAUCGUGAUUUAGAAAUCAACUUAUUAAAUUUUAGGAUUUUGCUCCUUUGUUGCGUUUUUUUAAAAAUGGAAUUGUGUGAUGGAAUAGAAAUAUUUUCAUAAUGUUUAUGUUUUUGUCUUUCAGGGUUCACCAGGCACUUGUUUAGAACCGUCAGCUAUACCAGCUUCUUAUUUCUUAUGUUACAAGUGGCUUUUCAAAUAGCUUUCUACUACUUACCACCUAAUGAUUUUUUUGGGGAGGAAGUGCUGUCACAUUUUGGUAUUGUACGGUUUAGCAGGCUUGAUGCUGGAAACAUCAUACAUCUUUUGGCUCCUGACAUUGGAAUGUUUCUUUUUGGUCUGACUGUCACACUGCUUUACCAUAAGACAUUGAAACUCAACAACUGGGGAAGUGAGCCUCCAUCUAGAGACCAAGAUCAAUUCUCUUCUGAUGAGGAAGAAGACAUGAAAGAGACGGAAUCUGAAGCAGAAACUGAAGAUACUGGGGACACAGACAUUGGCUGUCUAUUUGAAAAGGAUCAUUUAAGAUGCAGUCAUUCAGGUUUCCUUCUGAAAUUCACAUUGUUCCUAACAGGCUUGGAGAUUCUUUGUGAAGACACACUUAGAACUGCUGGCAAAGUCUUUGUUGUGCUUCUGUUAGGCUCAACAGGUAUAAUUCUGCCUUCUGCAUGCUCAGCAGUUUAUUUCUUUACCUUCCUGGGCUUGUGCACCUGGUGGUCCUGGAAUUGUCCAAUCAGCCCAGUUCUCUUCAAUAGUUUGUGUGUUUUUCUUGCAAUAUUUUCCGCCGGACACAUCAUUGUGCUUUACAUAUACCAACUGCCAUACUUCCAAGACCUUAUUUCUUCAGAAGACAUUUAUGUCAGGAUCUUGGGCAUUGUGCCACUUAUUAAGACAAACAUUACAGCACCUUGGAAACUACACAUUCAUCCUCACCUAAACUGGCCAGUGGCUUUGAAUCCUUUUUUCCUUCUAGCCCUGUAUUAUUUAUUGGUCAGAAAGUUGCAGCAGUGGACAUUGCUUGCUAAGGAGCCUAAAGAAGAAGUUAUUCAGUUCCAUUCUGAAGACUAUGUAGAAGUUAAGACGCAUUCUAAGUUUCAGAUGGUUUCGCUUUCAAGUGAAAUUCCACUGGAAUGCCUCCUUUUGCAAUAUCAGAAUUAUAACUGUUGCAGUAUGGAUGGCUACAUCAAUCAAGGACGCAGUAUUUCUCUAUCAGAGCACACAAUAUAUUCUGAAACCUCUCCAGAAGUUAAUGAAAAAUGUAACAUGGGAAAAAAAUCUAGCACAUUUGUAGCAUUGACACAAUUCAUUACAAAUCAGAGCUAUGUCAUUGCAUUAAUUACUAUGAUGGUUUGGAGUAUCACCUACAGUAGCUGGCUAACUUUUGUUCUGCUGAUUUGGUCUUGCAUAAUUUGGAUGGUACAUGACCGUCAUUUCUAUGCCUUGCACAGUUUACCCUUUCUUGUCACCUAUGGAAAUGUGCUGGUGAUUCUUAAUUUUAUUGUGGGACUGAAUCUUUCACAAGAGGAAUUAUUUCCAGGAGUUGCAACUUCAUUACUCAUUGACUUAGAUUUGAAACCUUAUUCUCUUCCCUGUGUCCAUCUGGGAGCCAAGAUUUUAUAUCAGUUAACUUUCUGGUUGUUGUUGAAGCAGUAUGUGAUGCAAAGACAGAAGCAAAAAGAGGAGGAAUUUCUCAAAGAAGUGAUAGUAUAUCAAACUGAAAUGGACACACAGCAAAAUCUGUUUGUUGAAAUACUUGGUUCUAUAUUUAAGAGGAUCCUAGUAAAAUACUGGAUUUACUUCUGUUCCAUCAUGUUCUUUAUUGUCAGUUUCAAUGGCAAAGUGGUCGUGUAUAAAAUUCUUUACAUUAUCCUUUUUCUGUUCUGUGUGGCUAUGUAUCAGAUUCAUUAUGAAGGAUGGCGACAAGUCUUGAAAGGAUUUUGGCUGAUAAGUGUCUCCUAUUCGAUGGUAGUCCUCAUUGCUUUGUAUACCUACCAGUUUGAGAUGGUUUCUGCAUUUUUCCUAAAAUCUUUGGAAAUAUCAGAGGAAAGAUUAAAAGAUUUGGGUCUUGAACGGUUCAGCACAAAGGAACUUUUUACAAACAUUAUAUUAUCGUAUGCCUUUCUUCUGACCUGUAUCUUUCAAAUGCAUUAUUUCCAUAAAGAUUUCCUGAAGAUCACAAAUCUGACUAAUAUUUCUGUGAAUCCAUCUUCUUCUUCACCUGGCAGUGACAAAGACAUGGAAAUUCUUGUGUGUCUUCUGGCAAAUAAGGUUAAGGAAACAUUCCAGAAACUGCAAAGUAGGCUGGCUCCUGAGCCGUUACAGCAGCCUUUUCCAGAUGGACUGGAGAAGUCUGAGAAUACCACAGAAAAUGAGGUAAAGAGGAAUAAAUGGACAGAAGUGGUUGAUAAUUUGGCACCUUGUCUUCUGAAGAUCAUAGCAAUAGUUCAGGAAAUCCAGGUGCUUGCAUGGAGAUUUCUGGAGCUGCACAUCCUUAAGAUUGUGUCCACUUGCAUUAUCUGGAUCACACUUCAAGAGGUGUGUUUGAUGAACUACGUUUUCUUUAUUGUAUGGACAUUUGCUAUUCCUUAUUCCAAAUUUCGUCCCUAUGCCUCAAGAAUCUGUACAUUUUGGUCUUGUGUGAUGGUCAUCUGGAAAAUGUUGUAUCAGUUGAAAUUUAUUAAGCCCUGGAAUUAUUCAACAAACUGCACUCAGGAUCUGCAUUUGAAUAUGACUUACCAUUCUAUCAGUGUUGAUGAGUUGUUGGAGAAAUCAUCUUUGUAUGUGGCACCAAUUGACCCAGCACUCUGGAUUGGAGGGCUGAUGAAGUGCUGUGACAAUAUUGUUCUUUGUCUAAAGAACCAUCUUACCAUCCUGAUUCUAAUGGCUUUAGAAGCAACAGUGUAUCGCCACCAAUAUUUUUACUGGACUCAGAAGCAAUUAUUGCCACCUGUCACAGGUAGCCUUUUUAAUAAUAUUGCCCGGGAGAACUUGGAUGAAGGGCUACUCAACUGCAUCAAAUACUUUCUCAACUAUAGUUUUUACAAAUUUGGACUGGAGAUAUGCUUUGUGGCGGCAAUUAAUGUGAUUGGGCAACGCAUGGACCUCUAUGCACUUAUCCAUGCAAGUUGGCUGACUUACCUGUUGAGCUACCGUCAGAGGAAAGCAAUAGCCCAAGUCUGGCCCAAAUACUGUUUCUUCCUUGCCAACAUUGUGGCCUUUCAGUAUUUGAUUUGUAUUGGCCUCCCACCUGCUUUGUGCCAAGAUUAUCCAUGGAGAAAUUCCCACUGGUUGCUCCCUUCAAAUCUGAUUAAGUGGCUUUAUCUGCCUGAUUUUGCCGAGAGACCCAAUACUCAUUUUCUCCUGUAUGAUUUUCUUCUUCUGCUUUUUGCUUCCUUCCAAUGGCAAGUUUUUGAAGAUGAGGAUCAGCCUGUAGUCAGGCUGCAAGCUGGAGAUAACUCAGAGAUUAAUCAAGAUUUGGGCCCAACAGGUCUCGAUGAAUUCAGUCGGGUACCAAACUUUAUCCAUUGCAGAUCUUAUUUGGAUCUGAUGAAAGUGCUUAUAUUCAAGUACCUCUUUUGGAUUGUCCUUUGUCUAAUUUUUGUGACUGGGACAGCUAGGAUCAGCAUCUUCUGCGUGGGCUACUUGGUUGCCUGCUUCUACUUUAUGCACUUUGGACAAAGCCUUCAGCUGAAGCCCAUCAGAGACAUUCUUAGACCAUGGGACUACUUGAUUGUCUACACUACUUUGGUUAUAACAGUAAAGAAUCUUCUUGCUGUUGGAGCAUGUGCAUACCUUAAUAAAUUACAAAGAAAUUAUUGUUGGUUAGUUCAGACCUUUGCUAUGUAUUGCACAAUACCAGGAUAUGAAGUAGAUCCACCUAAUAAUGAGAUAUGUGAAUUGCCUAAGGAUGAAGCAGGUAUCCUGUGGGAUGCAGUAUGUUUCACCCUCUUGCUGAUUCAGAGAAGAGUUUUUAUGAGCUACUAUUAUCUCUAUAUUGUGACUGAUCUCAAAGCUACAGAUUGCUUAGCCUCCAGGGCAGCUGAGAUGUUUGAGUUGAAACUGAAAAAAAAGGUGAUUUCUCGGAUGGAAGAAAAUAGAAAAUCAAUGGAAAUCAUGAAAAAGCAGAUGGACUUGAUUAAACCAAAAUUUAAAAACCAAAGUUCCUGCAAAGUACUAGAAGCAGAGGAUCCAGUGGUUCAAAAUGGGAGCUAUUGCCUUUUUGAUACAGAUAGUGAAGAAGAAGAACAUGAAUACUCUGAAAAGAGCAAAAAAGAAUUCUUUAGAAAGAAAACAGCAUGGCAG